AUGUCGCAAACGAUUUCAAAAGAACAACUGGCUUCGCACAACAAGUCGGACAGCCUGUGGGUUGUCAUCGACGAGGAUGUAUAUGACCUGACAAAGUUCCAGGACGAACAUCCUGGUGGCAAAAAGAUCCUUCAACGUGUUGCCGGGAAGGAUGCUUCUAAGCAGUUUUGGAAGUAUCACAACGAGGGAAUCUUGAAAAAAUACAAGAGCAAGCUUCAGAUUGGCUCGCUCGAUACCAAAAAGGUUGCCACUCCUCCUCCGGCUGCUGCUGCUGCUGCUGUGCCUAGCCCAGCCAAGGCGAAGGGUGUUGCAGAUGCCAAACCCGCCAAGUCGGAGGGACCGUUGGAGCCUUAUGGAAAUCUGAUUCCAUUUGCGGACCCAUCAUGGUACCAGGGUCAACACUCCCCAUACUACAACGAGACCCACGCUGCCCUUCGAGCAGAAGUCCGGCAAUGGGUAGAGUCCGAAAUCGAACCAUAUGUUACAGAGUGGGACGAGGGGAAGAAAGUACCAGAUAGCAUUUACAAACAGAUGGGUGACCGAGGAUAUCUCGCUGGUCUUCUGGGUGUUCAUUUUCCAGCUGAAUACACAAAAUCGCGAGUUCAGUCGGUGCCAGCAGAGAAAUGGGACCAUUUCCACGAACUCAUCGUUACUGAUGAACUCUCAAGAGCUGCCAGCGGUGGCUUGGUUUGGAACUUGAUUGGUGGUUUCGGUAUUGGAUGUCCACCACUGGUCAAGUUUGGCAAGAAACCUUUGUUGGACAGAAUUCUGCCAGGUAUCUUGGCCGGUGACAAGCGAAUCUGCCUUGCCAUCACUGAGCCCGAUGCUGGUAGUGACGUAGCGAACCUGACAUGUGAAGCCAAGCUCAGCGAAGAUGGCAAGCAUUAUAUCGUGAACGGUGAGAAGAAAUGGAUCACCAAUGGUAUAUGGUCCGAUUACUUCACCGUUGCUGUCCGCACUGGGGGUGAGGGCAUGAACGGUGUCAGUGUUCUGCUUGUUGAACGAGCCAAUGGUGGUGUCAGCACCCGCCGGAUGGACUGCCAGGGCGUCUGGAGCAGUGGCACCACCUACAUUACUUUUGAAGACACCAAGGUCCCCGUGGAGAACUUGAUUGGAAAAGAGAACCAGGGAUUCAAAGUUAUCAUGACGAACUUCAAUCACGAACGUAUUGGCAUCAUUAUUCAAAGUCUACGAUUCUCCCGUGUCUGCUACGAGGAAUCAGUCAAAUAUGCGAAUAAGCGCCGAACCUUCGGAAAGAAGUUGAUCGAUCACCCCGUCAUCCGCAUGAAGCUUGCAGAUAUGGCUCGCCAGAUUGAGGCUGCGUUCAACUGGCUUGAAAACGUGGUAUAUCAAGCCCAGUCCAUGGAGCAUACCGAGGCUAUGCUCAAGAUGGGUGGUGCUAUUGCUGGUCUGAAGGCUCAGUCAACCAAGACCUUUGAAUUCUGUGCUCGUGAAGCCAGUCAGAUUUUCGGUGGCCUCAGCUACAGCCGAGGCGGACAAGGUGGCAAGAUUGAGCGUCUCUACCGUGACGUGCGCGCGUAUGCUAUUCCAGGUGGUAGUGAGGAGAUUAUGCUUGACCUCAGCAUGCGCCAGAGUCUCAAGGUCUACCAGAUGUUCGGCAUGAAGUUAUAG